AUGCCUUCAGGAUCCUGUUUUUGCCACAAACUCGAAUAUGAGUUUACGGGAGAGCCUCAGGGUGUGGCUAUGUGCCACUGCUUGUCCUGUAAAAAGAUCAGUGGUGGUACUCACACGGUCAACCUGUUGAUUCCCGAAGAUAAAGUUCAUGUCACCGUCGGUUCUCCCAAGCAAUGCACUCAAAUUCAUGAGAGUGGCAUGAAACUAACAGUCAACUUCUGUGGCAAUUGCGGAGGUGCUAUUUACAAAACAGCCGAUCGCGAGACUUUUGCUGGACUAGCUAUUGUCCAAAUGGGGACUAUUGACGAACCCGAUAUACUUAAGCAGGUAAGACCAGGGAUGGAACUGUACACGAAGUAUCGUGUUCCGUGGCUAUCUAGUCUGGAAGACACUAUUCAGAAACCCGAGUUUUAA